AUUAUUUGUUGGCAUUCAAAGAUCGACUCAAUGGAACUUAACUACGAAAUGAACAGCCGCCAACACUACCAAGACAACAUGACAAAACUAGUGUCAAGUCGCCGAGGGAGUAAUUUGCUUUUGCAUAAUCUAGAAGAGAACGAUGUUGUCUUCGGAACCAAAGGGAACGGACGAAAUGAAAUCUUUCUCAAGGUCCUGGAAAGCCAUUCCGAACAAUACAUGCAGCUUUCGAAGUUCCAGAAGAUGGGACUUAUCCAGCAAAUCAUUCGAGAGUGGAACGGUAACUUUUACAUUCUCAACUCAAAGACAAAUGACUUGCAUCUUGCCAAGAGAAAGGAUCACGACCUUUCUACCACAGAUCCGUCUUCGAAGAAACUGUACACGAGUGUUCGAAGGAUGAUGAACUACGUGAAUUCAAAGGUCCAGCGCAAACCCCAGCACCUGACCCGACCCACAACGAAUCUUGCUGGUACUGCCAUCAUUGACCGAACGACACAGAUCAUGAAAGUGAUCCCAACGAUCGCUAUCGGAGCUCUUAAUCCUCAGGUCCAGAAGGGACAAAGAAUGAACAAUGAGCAGCAUUGCUCUGCUCCCACCACCGAUGCUGCGGCUGCGGCAGCUCCCGACAGGCCCCCGACGGCGAUGACAGCCAUGGAUUACGUUCGCAAAGAACAUAUCACUCUUCCGCUACCCGGUGAUAUUUCAUCGUAUCCAACAUUCGUCCCGAAGACCAUCAACAUUUCGCCACUCCAGAGAUCCGUGAUUAUGGUCACUCCGGAACCGUCUCCUCGAUCGGCGUUUUUGCGACCCCCACCGAUCUCGCCGCUCCCUCUCUCGAAGCCCGAUAUCCCAUACAAUAACACCGCGUGCACCGCACCUCUUUCGCCAGAAGCAUCCUUCUCAUCCGAAACAAUUCCGGCGCAAACAAACAAUGGCGGUUCUCUCCUCUCCAAGAAACAAGUCACCACACCCGUUGUUCCUACCACAAGAAUGCAAGCAAUCGAAGAACAAGGUCCCAACGCCAAAACGACUGACGUUCCCGGUAAUCUAGAGCAUUCUGCGAUUCUCGCUCUAAUAUCCCUGGGUGCCUCGCCCUCAAGCUAAACGAAGUUACCAAAGCGUUUUUGGAUGACUGCGCAUUUUCACUUCUGGUUCGCUAUCUGCACCAUCACUCCAUGCUAUUCACAGCCUCCAAUAAAUGACUACAUUGAUU